CGUCUCCGGCUCCGGCGCGGCCGCCUCGCGCCUCUCCGCGUCUCGGAUCCGCUCGGGCUCGGCUAUUUUUAAGUCGAUACUGAAUCGAGCAUCGAGCGCGCUCGCCUCGCCUCGCCUCGCCGCGCCGCGCCGCGCCUCGAUCGUCGUCGUCGUCGGUUUCGACGUCAGUCUCGGUCAAGUCUCUCGCCGCACACACUCCCGUCAGUCGCCGAGCGCCAGAGCCGAUAGCGCGUUCGCCCCCCGUUCGCCGUCCCGGAAUCCCCACGAGGAUCGCCAUCCGCAGUGUUUUCCUUUCCGCGUCGACGUCUCCUCAAGUGUCCGGGGGUUUUUUUCGCCCCCUCCCCCUCCCCCGCGAAAAUUUCCGAGUUAUCGUUUCGAGUGUGGCUUUUGUUAUCUGGGCAGUGAGUGAGUGUCAGUGCGCGCGAUUCGUCGCGGCUCGUCGGUGGAGCACUCGAAUGGAUCCGCUCAACCUUGGCGGGAAGUGAUCCUCCUUUAAUCGCGGUGCUUUGCUCAGUGCGUCUUUGGCGGGUCCGUCGAGUGAUAGUGGUGUCCGCGUUGGUGUCGCUGCUCCAGCGCUCAGCUGAUGCAACUGCUCCGUUGUGCAACCGAGGAAUAUCGCCCCGCUGCCCCUGGGAAAUCGGCUCCAGAGCCCGGGGUGUCCAUCGUGCGUCCAGCGAGUUGCGCUACCCUCGCAAGCGCUCAGAAUCGAGUGUUGAAUGACAUGAAAGUGUGAAAUCCGUCCGAUUCCUUGUGUAAGUUGUGCGGUAAAAACUAGUGAGAUCUCAGUGGAAUGAGCCGUCGGACGAUGAGCGGACGGUAAAAUGAAGGAGACGAAGGGUUCAUGCAGCCGGUGUGAGUAAAAUGGCGAGCAUCGGAGAAACUGAUCCGUCGACAUCCGUCACGAUGGGAUUGAGGAAACACAAGGAGCGAGCCGAGUCCGAGCCGGAGCCGAACGUCAACGGCCUGGACCCCGGCGAGGACCCGGACGACCCCCCGGAACUACCCGAACUACCGGAACUACCAGACUGGAGCGCCAAGAAAGCGGCCCUCAAAACGAGCUGUGAUGAUAUCGCCGUGCCUUCCCAGAGCCCCGCACCCGAGUCGGCGCCAACCCCCACCCAAGAGGACAGCGCCACAGAAGAUGGGUCCUCGGACAAAUGUGAUAACGCCGAUAAAACUGUACCUGAAGAAAGCCUAAGUGAUAAAGCCGAGCCCGAGAAGACGGUGCCGGUCGUCGCCACCCCCGCCCCCGUUCCCCCUCUGCCCGAAAUCAAGGAGGUGGACGAGAGCAGCUCCUCGUCGACGAGCAGCACCGUCGUCGAGAUGGCUGCCAACGCCAUCGAGGCCGCGAGGAAAGACGAGUCCACCCGGCGGAAGAUGAUCGCCCACAUCGACCUGGAGAUCGGCGACGAGAACGACGACGAAGACGCCCUGCCGGAAAGCGAGAGCGCCGCUCUGCUCCGGGACAGAGCCGAGACCAGCGACACAGAAGCCGACUCCAAUCUGGGCUCGCCCAGUUUGGGCGUGGGUGACGAGGCCGUCAAACCGCGCGUCAAGAAGAUCAGCACCGGCUCGCACAUAUUCUCAGUCGUCCCGGUCGAGAAGAACGAGGCGGCGGCGGCGGCCGGCGAGCAGGAGGACAGGUCCGGCAACCGGAUCCUCGUUCCCGGGAUCAGGGUCAAAGACGAGGACGGUGUCUCCCAGAACUCGGGCACCUACGAUACCGAAGCCAAAGUCGUGGAGAUCCCCGUCCCGGUCCUGACCCCGUCCUCGGGAGCCGGGACUUCCUCGGACAACUCCCCGUCGCACUCGGUCGACAAGAAAGUGCGCAAGAGCCGCCGCUUCAAGAUCAACCUCAAGUCCUUGGACGGCGUCCUCAAGGUCCUCGGCAAAGGGGACAAGAAGAAGAAGGAGGACAAGAGCGACAGAGACUCCAUCAGCAGCGGGAACGUGAAGCGGAGCACGGGGUUCUCGAUUUCGCCGCGCGUGGCCAACCAGAUGGCCUCGUCGGUCGGGAGCAGCUGCGGGCUCGGCGGGGAGUCGGAUAACAUGCUCCCCGAAAUGGCCCUCAUCGAGAACCACCUCAACGAGCUGACGAUGGUCGAGUCGGAGCUGAAGAAGCUCCAGAAGCAGGAGAUGGAGCGCAACAAGCUCAACGAGACGGUGGUGGCGAACCGUCGGACCAUCGCCGGGACGGUGCCGACCAGGAGCGAGACCUACAAGAACGACACGGACGCCAACCACCACGUGCGGCGCCUCGGCUGGUUGGCCGCCCUCAAGAAGAACUUCGCCUCGAACCCGACUCCGGCGUCGUCGGUGGCCGCCGCGCCGGCCCGCAACGCCACGGUGCGCGCGACGAUCGGCGGGAAAGCGCCGCCCGCGAGCCGAUCCACCGGCGCCGCCGCCGCCGGGAGGACUGCGCAGCCGCAGAACCAGCGGAGACCCAGCUCGGGUCAGGCCAAGAGCGGCUACAACGCCGGCGAAGGACGGGCCAGUCACCGGCUCCUGCCGCCCAACAAGAAGGACGGCGGCAGGAUGACCACGAGGCAGCAGCGCAUGUUGCCGAGCCACAGGCGUCAGGCCGAGUUCGUCCCCGGCAUCACAGUUCAGGUGAGUAACACGGCUGCGGCACGCACCCCUGUCCCCCGUCCGGGGCUACAACUCACUCAAUCACCUUCUCAACCUACACCUCAAUCUCAAACUCAAUCUCAACGCACAUCCACCUCCAACUCCAACUCAAGGAUCAGCUCGGAGUCCACCUCCACCUCCAGGCCCCCCGCAGGGCUCCAGCAGCCCCUCAAGGUGGCCUCCCGGCGCCCUUCUGGUAGUAAUGCGGUUCCAAUUAACUCAGGAGGGCGAUCGUUGAUGAGGGAUGGAUUCCUUGGAGGGGAUGAGUCCCCCACUCCAUACCGCAGUACCACUAACAACCGAGCCCCUCACAUCGGCAAGUACAAACUGCUCAAAACUAUUGGCAAGGGUAACUUCGCAAAAGUCAAACUUGCAAAACACAUACCCACUGGUAAAGAGGUAGCAAUCAAAAUAAUCGAUAAAACGCAACUAAAUCCAGGGAGUUUGCAAAAAUUAUUUAGAGAAGUUAGAAUAAUGAAAAUGUUAGAUCAUCCUAAUAUAGUAAAACUAUUCCAAGUGAUAGAAACGGAAAAAACACUAUAUUUAGUAAUGGAAUAUGCUAGCGGUGGAGAAGUAUUUGAUUAUUUAGUGCUACAUGGGCGAAUGAAAGAAAAAGAAGCUAGGGCAAAAUUUCGGCAGAUUGUUUCGGCUGUACAGUAUUGUCAUCAAAAGAAAAUCAUACAUAGAGACCUGAAGGCUGAAAACUUGCUGCUGGACAGUGAGAUGAAUAUUAAAAUAGCAGAUUUUGGGUUUAGUAAUGAAUUUACGCCGGGUAAUAAAUUGGAUACUUUUUGUGGUAGCCCACCUUAUGCUGCACCGGAACUUUUUCAAGGUAAAAAAUAUGAUGGGCCAGAAGUAGAUGUAUGGUCAUUAGGUGUGAUACUUUACACGUUGGUCAGUGGUUCGUUGCCAUUUGAUGGCUCAACUUUACGAGAACUUAGAGAAAGAGUUCUUCGUGGAAAGUACCGAAUCCCUUUUUAUAUGUCUACCGACUGUGAAAAUCUUCUUAAGAAAUUUCUUGUAUUAAAUCCUGUCAAAAGAGCAUCUUUAGAAUCUCUUACUGGUUUACCCGGACAGAAUAUAAUGAAAGACAAAUGGAUGAAUAUGGGCUAUGAAGAGGACGAACUAAAACCCUAUCAAGAGCCUGAACCAGAUUACAAAGACCUGAAACGAAUAGAAGCUCUAGUCGGCAUGGGUUACAGUAGAUGUGAAAUAGAAGACAGUUUAGCUCAAGCAAAGUACGAUGAUGCAUUUGCAACUUAUCUACUACUUGGAAGGAAGUCAACAGAUCCGGAAAGUGAUGGUUCAAGAUCAGGUAGUUCAUUAUCAUUACGAGAUAUCCAACCAGGUGGAACGGGAAGCGGAGGCGGAGUCACCGCAACGACAAACAAUGCUCAGUCUCCUCCACAUAGAGGUGUGCACCGAUCUAUUUCAGCGACAAAUUCCAAGCCAAGUCGGCGGGCAUCCUCGGGUGGAGAAACUAAUGGUGGUAGAGGAGGUGUUCAACUGAGCUUGAUCCCAAAUGCACUCAUGAUUUACAGUAGAUCUCUUCUUCCAGGAGGAGUACCCAUCAACACAACUAAUCAUAAUCACAACCACAAUAGCACUACUACCGGCAGCAACUUCAAACGACAGAAUACAGUCGAUGCAGCAACUAUUAAACAACAAUACAAUGCACGACCCAAUAAUAUCAAAGCAAAUCAAAUUUCAAGGUCUAUUAAAAAUACUGCCAACGCACGAACUAAUGAUACGGACACAACGCGAGAAUGGAGUCCUGGUAAACCAAGAGGGGUUAGCAAAUCUAAUACAAUGACUGGCAAUAAACCUCUAACUGUAGGUGGCUCAGUUGGGAGAAGGAGUUGGAUAUCAUUUGAAGAAAAAGCAUCUUCCAAUGAAAAAACAAACACUGCUGGUGAUAGCGCUGGUGUGGGUGGUGCUGGUGACUCUCUGCGCGUAUCUAAAGGCCACAUCAAGUCAGCAUCAAUUUCAUCUGCAGACCCCUCUAAUGACCCUCUACAUCAAGCAAGUACAAAUACGGGUAGAGGUCCACCAGUUUCUCCCGCAGCCACAAGUAGGCAACCUUUUCCCCGCAACAUACCAUCACGUAGCACAUUUCAUAGCGGUCAAAAUAGACAACGAGGCGGUUAUGGUGGAGCUUCUCCUACUUCUGCCCCUCAUGACGCAUCUGCUCGUCCAUCUAUCUUUGCCAAGAUAUCCUCAAAAUUUUCUAAACGACCCAUGGAUCCAGUUGGUCCGAAACAUGUAGUUAAUAGUACAGUAAAUGAUGAACAAGUUAAACCUCGUUCUUUAAGAUUCACGUGGAGCAUGAAGACAACAUCAUCAAGGGAUCCCAACGAAAUCAUGGCUGAAAUUAGAAAGGUGCUUGAUGCAAAUAAUUGUGAUUAUGAGCAGCGAGAAAGGUUCCUGCUACUAUGCGUUCAUGGAGACCCAACGGCAGACUCCUUAGUUCAGUGGGAAAUUGAAGUUUGCAAACUACCGCGGUUGUCCCUCAAUGGUGUGCGUUUCAAACGCAUCUCAGGAACAUCAAUUGGGUUCAAGAACAUCGCUUCAAAAAUUGCCAACGAACUCAAACUGUGACUACAGCUCACUGAUGAUGAUGAUGAUGAUGGCGAGGAAGAUGAUGAAGCAGAAAGUAAUUGAUGUAACUUUUGAUUAUAUAGUCAUGUCUAAAUUCUUUACCCGGGACCAUAGCCCGUAUUUACUGUUAUACCACGUUGACGUGUUGUCUGUUAAGAAGGAUCUCUUGUUAGGGACAAAAGAAUAUGGUUACAGAGGAAAAGAUUAGACCCUUUGAAUCACUCUUUUCUUGUAUAAACGGCAAUAAGGGCUUAGAUUCUUCUUGAGUUUGUAUAGUCAAGUGUCUUAAUUUCUGUUCAGUUUUUCUUCUUUUUUUUAAUUUUCUAAAUAAUAUUAAUUAACAAAUCUCUUAAAAUAUUGUAUCUUAUUGAAUGUUCAGUGGUAAUCAUGUUUUCUUUGUCUAUUUAGAAAACCGAUUUCAAAUUUUCAGCUUUAAAGACUAUGUGUAUCGUUUCUUUUUCUACGUUUACUUCAAGGUGCAGAAUUUUUAAUAUCUUAUCCCUAAUAUUUAACUUGGAAUUGUUCAUGUCGCGAAUCCUGUUGUUUUUGUUGAAAAUUUGUAUGUGCACAAACUCACCUGUUGGAUGAUUCAGAAUCCUUUCUCCUGUAAGAUGAUCUAAAAGAUCGGUGUAAAUUGCCCACAAUUGUGAGUUGAAGUGAAUGUUUUAUAUUUCAAGUUAAAACCAAAGUGAGAAAAAAUUGCGUCAGAGUAAAUACUGUGUAAAUAUUACAAUAAUAAAAAAGAAGCGAGUUGUGUACAGAAUUACUUUUAAUCAAUAUGAACCUUGAUAAAGUGGAAAGAUAUUAACGAGUAGGAAACUUCGUUUUUGUAUCGAAACUCGUUAUGUGCUGAUUAGUCAGUUUAUUUUGAAAUUUUAUCUUUUGAUAAUGGUAUUCAUUUUGGCCAAUAUUGUCUUUUUUACCACUCUUUUUAUCAUUUUUUUCCAAUCUUUGUUUUAUCUUACCUGUGUCUCUGUUUCCUGCUGAUGAAAUCAAUCAGACUCUGGAACACAGCUAUUUUAAGUCAGUGUCCUAAAUUUUGAGAACUGCAAUUACACUCAAAGAAAGAAAAAUAAUUCAAGUUCCUUUAUAAAAAUGCCCACUGUGCUUUUUUUAGAAUUAUGUAUCUUUUCAACUUCUGUAAAUGUAGGUAUUUGCUUUAGCGUCACUUGCAACUUAGAACACAAAAGAAUAUGUCAAGCAAUUUGAGACUUUUCGAGAAUUAAAGCCCCUCUGGCUUAUCGCGAGCCAGCAGGCAACCAUUUUCAUAAUAUGCAGUCCAAAAGCCUCAUAGGUCAAUUACAGCUUCACAACAAGCUUACUUGAGGUUUAAAUACACUUUCAGGCAUGAUAAAGAUUUUCUGUAGCCUUAGUCUCAGUAAAAUGCUCAAAUAAGAGGAAUAUCUCAGUUUUACCCAAAAUUAAUUAAUCCUAUCAUGCAACACUAAAGUUUGAUAAUGUCUUCAAAUAUCUAUUUCAGUAGAAAAGAUAAUGAGAACUCCAAAAAGAAUGAAUUGCGCUUAGCUUUCAACUCUUCUUCUAUAUCUCCAUUAUAUUAUACUUUAAAUGAGGAAUUGUCUGUUAUCACAGGCAAAAAAACUCUCCUGUCUACAAUAUGUCAUAUAUUUGUCACAUUUAAUGCAAUUUGUCGCAAUUAAUGCAACUGUCCACAAAGUUUAGCCUCGUCUCUGUGCAGUCAAAUUAUCAACAGAAAAAAGACAAAAGUUGAUGCCAUCUUAUACGUAGGGAAUCUUUUGUCUUACUUUAAUUCACAACUUACUACCUACAUAUUUGUCAAAACCUAGUCUAUGAUCAGUUCUUGUUCAGAAAGAAUAUUUAACUGGGUAUCUAUGCUACCAAAAGAUAACUAAAAUGUUAUAUAUAUUUUUUUCUAGUUGAAACUGACACAUCUGUUAUCUCCAAAUACUCACCUCUUGUACUAGUUUCUGAAAACUAGCUCACCAGCAGUAAGACUCUUGAUCACUUCUGCUCCCUCCUUGACUUUUGUAGUACAAUUAAUUUGAGUCGAGCCCCAAUUUUUUUGAGAAACUAGUUUUAUUUUCCUCAUGAAAGAAACUUCCUUGUUUUUGAGCUAAUUUGUGCAAAGGAGUUAGCAAGCUUUUUGAUCCAUUGGGCUACUGUUUUUCCAUUGCAUUUUUCAAAUAUCAUUACUACUACUCUUCUCUAUGCCUCCUUCUCUUCCUGUAUGAAUCAUUUCAAGUGAAAUUGACACUAGCCAGAGCAUGGACAGUUAAUUGUUUCCCAACUGUCAUAACUCCUACAUUUUCAGGCGAAUCAUGACUUUGUAUUGAGAAAGAAAAGGCUGACUCUUGAUUUUUGUGGAAUAGUUUCUUUGUUUCUUGUCAGGUCUUUGUUCUUGUUUAUUUACAUUUGACUCUGGUGAUAGCUCAAAAUGUUUCUUAUUUGGAGCAAUGAUUAACAAAGGUGCAUGAUUGUAAUUUUAAGCUGCAGAAAUUGAGUAGUUCCCGAGGUCUUAAGUGUGUGUGGGAUAAACAAUAGAUAUAUAUGAAAGGCUAUAAUCUUUCACCUGCAGAAUUUGUGGUCAUUCACUUAUUGAUGAGAAUGAGUGACUUUAGAAUACGAGUCUCAAUUUUUCCGGAACAGAACACAAAGUUUGUCAGCUGCCCUUCAUGCAGACUUUUUCCUCUUUUUGCAAUUUUCUUCUCUCAAUAUUCAUUGUUAUAGGUAUGCGGUUUUUAUAGGUUCUUAACCCUUUUGUUAAACUACAGCUGUGCUUAGCAAGACUUAAAUUUUUAUUAGCUUUGCUGCCCAAAAACAAUGUUUAUACUUUACUUUUUAAUUACCCUGUCAUCGAAGAAUCGUAUGAGCCUCCCUAGAAAAUGUAAAGUAGUAAUUAUGCUGUCCGUUUGUGCCGGUAUUUUUUCUCUUUUGCUGCCAACCUAUUGUUACAGAUUUUCCAAUAAGUUCUCUUUGCCCCAUGAUAAAAUUGCUGUCAGACAUUGAUAAGCUUCCGACACCAUAGGAAAAAAAAAUCUGUUUUAAUGAGUUGGGCAACAUACUUUUCCCUGACUUUAUUGAUACUGAUGAUAAGAUUUGAAUUUAAAGAUGAUUAAAUAAAAGGAUGCUUUUUCUUGAGAAUGCCUUUUAAUUCUGGCUGUGAGGGAUUCUCGUUUCUCCUCCAUUUUUUCCUUCAUUGCUCUCCCUGAUAACUUGCAAAUAAAGAGACGGGGCAUCAAAAAAUGAUCAUCAUUAUUAAUCUUAAGUGUUCUGUCCUUCUUCAGUGGACGGUGAAGGAUUAUUUUGAAUUAUUGGUGCUGUAAAGAAAAAAUCAAACAAAAAAAGAAAACCAAGUGUAUUCCAAUUUUCAGUUAUUUGUUCUAACUUUUGAAAUGCACUUUUGAUGCUUGAUAGGCUAUGGGAGCCUAUUGAUUUAUCUUGUUUCUCAUCUCUUCAAGACUAUGUGUAAUUUUAUUGCAAGCAGGAAAAGAAUCUAUUAAAUUUUUUUUUACUAUGUGGAGCCCAGUAGGCACUGCAUUGCUUUCUCCUUUGUAAUUUUUAUUGAUUAUCGUGCUUUUUGUGUAAGGACGCAACAAAGUUCGUACCGAAAUCAAACUUUUGACCAUAUAUAUUCAUAUAUGAUCUGAAGAUUCUCUGACGGAUUUUAAAAUAUUUUUCUUGGCAACACUUUAAUUUUUUCUGUUUUUCAUGUCCGACCAACCUCAUUUUGAAAACACACACAUAGAAAGCAAAAGAGGAAAAAAUUGAAAUUUUGUAAGACUGUUCUUAAUUCCUAAGAAAUUGUUUGUUAGAAAUUUUUAAAAGGAUAUGCCUUCAAUUUUUUAAAUACGGCACAAAAACUCAUGUAGUAACCCCCUCAUGUAGUAGGGAGACCUCAAUUUUCUGUCUUGACCCUAAUUUAAUUUAGUACAUGUUUACUUAAAUUUAUGGAUUCUUCUCCAAUUUUUCUACAAGUAUUAAAUUUGAAAAUGCAAACUGUUCCACAGAAUUUUUAUUCUUGACUUAAAACUUUUUGGAAGAUGAGAAAAUAGGAACAAAUUUAAAACUCAGCUUGUACUUCUUAUGUUGUUCUGCCUAUUAAAACCGCCAAGCUUUUCUGCUGUCUGUAAUCUUUUCCAAUCAUUUUUGAUUGUUCAAGCGUUGACGGUGUUUCCUCAUCUUUUCAAAAAGCUUCCUCUUCCUUUAAAAAGUUAAAAUUUAGUAUUUCAAUCAUGUAACCUAGUUUUGUUUUCCUCGAAAGCUUAUUUUUUACCUGUAAGAUCUUCGUAUUUAUUUUUUAAGGCAGGAAGGUAUUAUUAUUGAAACAAAUUGUUUUUCUCAAAUACUUGCAAGCUGUGCAAGCAACUCAACUUUUUAUCUUCUCAUUUGUUAUCUCCUUUUGUCUUAGAAAGUAAGAGAAAGCAAAUUUUUCAAUUUGACAUUACACACAAUUUUGUCCCAACAGUAAAAAUAUUGAUGUUGGCUAUAGAUAUCUCAGUCUAUCUUAAAAUAACUAUUCGAAAGUUUGUUUUCGUCAUUAUUUCACAAUUUCCUAAGAGUGAUCAAGGUACAUUCUCUCUAGAUUAAAGGAUCAACCUUUAUACAUUAUUCCAUUAUUAACAAUUAUUUUCAAUAAUGUACUUGUACCCAUGGAAGCACUGUUGGCAGCACUAUCAAGGUGGAAUCAGAAUGAAAGGGGGAAAAAAAGCCAGAAACGUUUGUAAAUGGUUGAAAAUAUUGAUUUUUUUGUUCCUUUUAUUUUUCUCUCCUAUUAAAACUGGAAGCACUGAGAUAUAGGAAUGAUCCGAAUGAUGAUUAACAAAAAAUUUUAUCAUUGGUGGAGGUAAGCAGUCAGGUAAAACCUGGAAAUUGCAAGAAUUUGAAAGCUGAAGCUCUGGGCCGUUCUGCUUUACCUCGUAUUCCACCUGCUUGAUAGUUAUGCAUCUUUUUUGCUCUUUUAUUUUUGAAACACCAUCAUUGGAUAUCUAAUUAUCAUUCCAGAAAUAGUGGACAAGAUUCAAGAACUGCAUCACUAACGAUUAACUGAAGCAAGUUGUGUCAAUUAUACAAUCAAGAUUUUACUUACCUACAAGUCUAGAUGAGUUAAGGCAGUGCAAUUUUAGAAGCAGAAAUUUACAUGCUCAGUCGUCAAAUUUCAUUUUUUCCCCCAUGCCAAAGUUGCAAGAACUUUGAGUUGCUUCAACGUUCCUAACUAAGUUGAACGUAUUUUUAAUCUUUCCAAAACUUAUAUAUUUGAGGGAAGUUGUUAAAUUACCUUACAAUGAUUGUAAAUUGAUGAAUUUAAAAAAUUUAUCUUCAGUCUUUGGAAGAAAAAGAUGAUAAAAACUUUUUACAUGGAGUGUAUAGAUUGUUUAUAACUGUAAUUCAAUUUACCUUUUAGAAAACCAUGUUUUAUUAUUUUAUAUCUUACGUUUUCUUUCAUUCUAUAAAAGUUUGAACAGAUAUAAUUUUAUGAAAGACUCCAUUUUGUUAGUUUUGUUUAAAAUUGUUUUACCUUUAUAAUAAUAAAAAUUAAAAUCAGUGUACAGUAGAACAAAAUA